CACCAAGAAAUAUCUCUCAAAUUUUCAUGUAGAAAGCCCUCUUAGUACUUAUUGGACUUUUGCAAUUGGCAAUCCAUUUCUCUACAAGAUCGUACCGUCUGAUCUGGGUGGUCAAGUGGACCAGAAUUCUGACGCAAGACAAUGGAAUCGCACUCACUGUUCCAUGGACGCAUUGAAACGCGUUUCAACGUCCUCUUUACAAUGCAGGGUGUGAUCAUCUAGGAUGAAACCAAACAUUUGCUCCAAACUCACAAUUAGGCUGCGGCGGCGUGCCGAGAACUUGAUAGAUUCUUGUCAAACGCAGCUUCCCUCUACAGACUUGACUGGUACCUGCUCAGGGACCCAAAGAAUCGUUUUGAUCACGCUGUUGAAGAUGUUCCUGCCUCAUCACAAGUAUUAUGCAUAACCUUUUCUCUUCCCAUCUCCUUGAGUGAAUUUUCUUCCUCAGCCAGAAAUCUUAUUCAACAUUCGCUACAUACAUUCGCUACCUAGACCGUGUCAUUCGCUUUCAAAAUAUAAGUCGUUCAUUACGAGAAUCAAAUUCUUAGAUAUAUUUAACCAUGUUGUCGAGCGAGAACAUGCAUAGGUCGAAUCCCGAUAAAUGCACUCUUUGUGGAGGGGAUUGUGUGGGUCAGAGAGCGGCAAUCGCAUCGUGCCCAGUAGGUUCAAGAUCUGCUCAGAGUAUUCUCCUGGCUCUACUCGGUGACAUUUUAAGUAACUCAAUGGCGACACUUCUAGACAUGCCAUGCUUCCUACUGUAGUGCUCCAUGCAAGGAAACCGAUAAGAAGAUCCAUAAUAUCCUUUGUCAUUCGUUCACUUGCGAGGUACCACCAGAUGCCCGGCGAGGUCUACGCUUUGCUUGUGACAGACGGAGACCUGAUUUUGUCUGGUUCAGGCGUGGGAGAGAUCCAUCGAGAAGAACGGUAAUGGUCGAACCGACAGGAGGUCCUGAGCAGCACACUCGGUUGGACCUCUUCCCUAAUUUUCCUUGGUCGCACGCAGCUAUCAACGAUGGAAGAGGCAUAGUUCUCAAUCCGGUUCGGAAUCGACCGAUGCGGAAUAUGUACGCAUAUACCACCAGGCUCCAAACCUAUCCAGAGAAUGAAUGUGUGAUCGCGACUCUGAAUCACUGUGAGAAGUGGCUUGACCUAGAUUUAGAGAUUGGAGUUCCGCCCGUGGAACUUUUCCCAAGAUUUCCGCGCUCAUGGCGAGGGAACUUGAUCUUCGACGCCGGGCCGAACUCAGGAGGCAUUAACAUGACCGACGUUCGAGACAUUGUGGAUUUUCUCUCUGUCUGCCAAGAUCACCCACCACUAGAAAGAGGUGAAACGGCAGAAAGGGCAAGAAAACUCCAAGUGGUAGAGAUGGAUUGCCAGGGUGGGAGAGAGGAUGACCCAAGAGCGGAGAUCAUUAUAGAUCAGCUUGAAUGGCCUUUGGAUCACCCAUUACUCCGUCUAUGGCGUCCACCACCUCCAUCCAGAGAUUCGGAUCCCCUGUGUCCUAAUAUGCCUUCAGGAUGGCAUUUCGAUACCCGCCUGGUGCGCGUCUUGGAGGAACUCAGGCUACCUGUACGGGCAGGAGAAACCGACCCUAUCAAUGCUCCAGCAUUAGGCACAGGCCCAUGCCGCCCUCGACGAAUCAUUCUACGGAAAAGCUAUGAGGACAUAGAUGUUGCUCAUGUCGAAGUUUUCAUGGAUUUCUUUCGGAAGUAUGGAGUGCACAUUAGAGCCUGCCUUUUGCGUGGCAGCGAAGCUGCUCCCAUUGAGGGACACAUUGACCCAUUCACUCUCCGUAGGCGCUGGCAUCGCCAUCACUACAAUUACCUGAAGAUGCGUUGUGUUGUUCCCGGAUGCAAACCUUAUCGCAAUUGCCCUCUGAAACCGGAGAGCCAUGAUGGUUGGUCUGUCGUCGGUAAAAGACUACUCAAGCGGGUUUUCGGGGAGCAACACCAGGACGUCGAUUCUGAUUGAAUAGGUUCUUUUGAGCUUUACAGUUUCUCAUAGCGGAUUAGCGAUUAGUUUUGUAAUUAAGUAGCAGGAUGUUGAUAGCGUUGCCCGUUGAACAGAGGGUUCUUAGGUGUGCAUGUUUUGAUUGACGAACAAGACCUCGCUUAUCUCAACGUGUUGGCUAUUGCCAAACCUAAACAAAGCAGAGCUCCAG